ACCAUUUUCCCUAUUUCUCCUUCAUCAUCUUCUUCUCUUCUCCCUCUCUUUGAAUCAAAUUCCCUUUAAUUUUCCACAAAUUUCGUUUCCAUUAGAUUCUCUCUCUUAUUUUCCCUUCUCUUUCCCAUUCCAUUCCCAUUUCCAUUUCCUCUCUAAUUCUUUUUUUCAAGAAUCCUAAAACCCACUUAACCUUUUUUCUUUCCUCGUAUUAUCUUCCCAGAUUUAGGGUUUCUCUUCAACUCUAUAAUUUUUUUGUUGUUGUUGCAAUUUUCCCCAUUCAUUGUAUUAUUCUUUUAUUUUAUUUUAUUUUAAUUAAAAAGGGGAGACUUUUGUUGAAAAAUACUUGUUCCAAGUGUUUUCCAUAUAUAUAUAUGACUGAUAUUAGGUAUUAGGGUUUUGAUUUUUUUUUUCUGAGGUCACCAAAAAGAAGUCAUUAUUGGUAAUUUCUUUUGGUUUUUUUCUGGAUCUGAGGGUAAUUUCAAGAUUUUAACCUGUUUAGUUGAAUUGGGUUUAAGUGAAAUCAAGAAAAGAUUCAAUCUUUGAGUAUGGAUCAUGUGGUAGGUGGCAAGUUUAAGCUAGGCCGAAAGAUCGGUAGUGGAUCUUUUGGGGAACUUUAUUUAGGGGUCAAUGUACAAACUGGAGAAGAAGUUGCUGUGAAGCUGGAAUCAACUAAAACAAAGCACCCUCAGCUUCAUUAUGAAUCAAAGCUGUAUAUGCUUCUACAAGGAGGAACUGGAAUUCCACACCUCAAGUGGUUUGGCGUUGAAGGUGAAUACAAUGCCAUGGUUAUUGACCUUCUUGGGCCAAGUUUGGAAGACUUGUUUAACUAUUGCAAUAGGAGGUUCACUCUAAAGACAGUGUUAAUGCUGGCAGAUCAAUUGAUUAAUAGAGUUGAAUAUAUGCACUCGAGGGGAUUUCUUCAUCGCGACAUUAAGCCCGACAACUUCUUAAUGGGUUUAGGGCGUAAAGCAAAUCAGGUAUACGUCAUUGACUAUGGUCUUGCCAAGAAGUACAGAGAUCUUCAGACGCAUAAGCAUAUACCAUACAGGGAAAACAAAAACCUCACAGGAACUGCUCGUUAUGCUAGUGUUAACACCCAUCUUGGAGUUGAACAAAGCAGAAGAGACGAUCUGGAGUCUCUUGGUUAUGUGCUUAUGUAUUUCUUGAGAGGAAGCCUGCCGUGGCAAGGUUUGAAAGCUGGCACCAAAAAGCAGAAAUAUGACAAGAUUAGUGAGAAGAAGAUGCUUACACCUAUAGAGGUGCUUUGCAAAUCCUAUCCCUCAGAAUUCAUAUCAUUUUUUCAUUACUGUCGAUCAUUACGGUUUGAUGAUAAGCCAGAUUACUCAUACCUGAAGAGGCUAUUCCGAGACCUUUUUAUUAGAGAAGGUUAUCAAUUUGACUACGUAUUUGACUGGACUAUAUUGAAAUAUCCACAGAUUGGCUCUACUUCAAGAGGACGACAACCUACUGGGAGAUUACCUGUGAACCCAGGACCAUCCGCUGAGAGAGCAGAAAAGAUUCCUGUGAGGCAGGAAAUUAAAGAUAGGUUUUCUGGUGCUGUUGAGGCGUUUACUAGAAGGAACAUUUCUGGAACUGGUUUGCAAGGGGACCAUUUGAGACACCACAGAUCUUCAGACGAUGUACCAUCAUCCAAGGACGUGCAAGCUGAUGCUGAAAGAGGCCGUGUAACUCGGACUGGUAGCACCUCGAGGAGGGCUGUCAUGGGAAGCAGCCGACCAAGCUCAUCUGGUGAACCCACUGACAAUCGCACUGGUCGAUUGGGUUCAAGUAGUGGCCGUAUUUCCACUACCCAAAGAGUGCAACCCGGAUUUGAAUCCAAGUCAUCAUCUUUUACCCGCGCUACUGCAACCAGAGGCGGUAGAGAUGAUGCUCUUAGGAGCUUUGAGCUGCUAACUAUUGGCACUGGAAGAAGGAAAUGAGAGGCUAUAUGAUGUCUAAAAUCUGCCCCCUCAAGUUGAGCAGCAGAUUGAGCAACUUUCUUUAAGCACUUCCCGACAAUCGUGCACUGAUUCUUGCAAUUUAACAGGCUUGCUAAACUUUCAGAGAUAGGGGGGCUGGUUCUCUGUUUGUAUAUUUGAGAAUGCCUCUCUAAUGUGUGAUGUUGUAGACCGGGAUGUCUCGAAAAUAAAAAUGUUUCACAUCUCUGUAAAUUGCUUAAUGCAGAGAUGAGCAUAGCUCCCUUUUUUUUCCUGAUGCAUGGCUGCUAUGUUUGCAAAUGGGGAGAAAGUUUAGUGGAAAGUAAAUAGUUCAUGGUUAUGCAGUGUAGUUCCGAUUACUUUAGGGGCUACCUCGGUACUUUUUCUUAGUUGUGUGGUUCUUGUGCCAAGAAAGAUAUUCAUAUACUUUAUGUAAUGUACCUUAAAUUUAUUCUAUCCAAUCUUCCUAUAUGAUUGUUACUAUU